AUGGGGGCCGGAGGAGGGCUGGGGCUGGCGGCCGUGCUGGCGGCCGCGGUGCUGUUCGGGCCCGGGGCUCUCGCCGGGCGCGUCCUCAGCGGCCAGAAGGUGUGUUAUGGUGCCUUCAAGCAUUCAUGUUACAAAUUAGCCUAUUUCCAGGACUUGUCCAGACGUGUGGGUUUCCAGGAGGCCCGCCAGGCUUGUGAGAUCGAUGGUGGGGCUUUGCUGAGCUUGGAAAGUGAAGCUGAGCAGCAACUGAUAGAAAACAUGCUGCAAAAUCUCACCAAAUCAGGCUCUGGGGUUUCUGAUGGUGAUUUCUGGAUUGGGCUGUGGAGAAGUGGUGAUGGACUGGCCAUGUCAAGUGCUUGCCCUGACCUCUACCAGUGGGCUGAUGGAAGUACGUCACCAUUCAGAAACUGGUACACAGAUGAGCCUUCCUGUGGAAGUGAAGCCUGUGUGGUGAUGUAUCAUCAGCCAACUGCAAACCCUGGUCUGGGAGGGCCAUACCUUUAUCAAUGGAACGAUGAUAGAUGCAACAUGAAGCACAAUUUUAUCUGCAAAUAUGCCCCAGAUAAUGUCUUAGAAAAAGAGUUGGGAGACAGAGCAGAGCCAGAAUACGAUAUUUUUCCAACAGUGCCAGCAGGAAAUCCUUAUGACACAAGCAAACCAGAAGAUCAGUAUCAUAUUAUUGCUACUGAAACAGGUAUAAUUCCGAAUUUAAUUUAUGUUGUAAUACCCACUAUACCACUACUGCUGUUGAUACUGGUGGCUUUUGGGACUUGCUGUUUCCAGAUGCUUCAUAAAAGUAAAGGAAGAACAAAAACCAGUCCAAACCAGUCUACACUAUGGAUUUCAAAGACGCCUAGGAAGGACAGUAGCAUGGAGGUAUAA